AUGGGGGCUGCUCUCUCCACCGGAGCAGUUGUAGCAAUUUCUUUUAACUGUGUUAUCGUGUUGCUCAUCCUCAUCCUCUUCCUCAUCCUUUGCAAGGCCUGCAGGACCCCCUCAUGCCCCAGGAAGAGCCCAGCUUCUGAUGUGGAUGAGGCAAGGAAUGAAGAAAAGUACCUGCUGCAGCCCUGAGCUGCCUGGGGACUUGGGUAACCGGCUGUGCUGAAGACACCACACCAGCCUGGAUGCCUGUGCUGGGACUGGGGUGCUGGAUGGGGCAGGAUGAGAGUAAAGGGGAUGUCAAGCUGCUCUCAGGGGCCACGGUGUGGGGCAUAGCCUGUUGCCUGCAUGGUUUUGGUGUGUGAAGUCCCUGUGGAUGCCCACAGUGACCAUGGGGAUGGAGCAAGAGUGGCUGGGGAUGCGCUACGGGGACAAUCCUGCCUGUUCCAGUGGCCAGCGAGUGUAGCAGGCGCCCUGCCCUCAAGCACACCCCGUGUUCAUGGCCCGGGCCAGUGGUCACCGUGUCGCAGACCUGAGCAGGGCUGGUCAGGGGCUCACAGCAGGGCUGGCACAGGCGCCUGUCCCCGAGCAGGCCCCACCAGCAGAGCAGGUUCGGGUGUCUUUGGGGAUGGCCCUGGGGUGCUGUGUAGCCACAGCCUCCGAAGGGCAUUUGGCACCCGUCUGCUCUGGCAGGCAGUUUAACGAGCCAUGAGAGGGUCUGCAUGGUCUGUCUGUUUGUCCCGGGUCUGUCUGUUAGUCCCCUCCAGCGUUAGCACUAACACUGCCAGGCAAAUGGCUGCGUGUCUGUGCCUCCCCUCCUGCCUGCUCCCAGCUGAGGUCAGCCGGUGGGAUUUGACCUGCCUGCAGGCAGCAGCAGAUGUACCCCCAUUGGCAUCCGCAUCCCUGUCUAGAGCAGACUGGGACGGCUUUUUGCUGCGGAGGUGGGAGACACAGGGAGAGAUGAGGGUGCCGGGCCAAACAGCACUGAAGGGUCUUCCAGCCCCGAUGCUCCCCAGGGACCACAGUGGCUCUGUGGGGAGGGAUGCUGGUAGUCUGGCUUGUCUCCAAGCCCGGCAGCUGCCUGCACCUGCCCUGCCUGCAGGGCUGUGGGUUCCAGAAGGCUCUGCCCUGCCCGCCCCAGAGCUGAGCAAUAGCCAAGGUCCCUGCUGGCACAGCCGCUGCAAUAUGGGGAUAGAGGGGUGGGCUGUGCUGGGAUCCACACGGUCCCUGUGUGGGCUUGGUCAGGCUGGGCAGAGCCUGCGGUUCCUCCCCCUGUCAGGUAUAGCUAACGCAUCCCUUUGCAGCCGUGUUUUUACUAGACUAAUAAACUGAUUGUAGGACCCA